AUGUCUCCUCCACUGGGCAAGAUCCCCAUCCAUCACGGCGGCAUGGAUCUCGACGACGCCAUCCACGACACCGGUGCUGAGCAUGACGUCGAGGAGAUUUCCACGCCGCAGGAGCAGGCCAACGAUGAUAUUGAUGAAGAUGAACGCCGAUCUGCCAACCUCAUCAUCACCCUGGCCUCCUCCUCUUCAACUCCACCACCACCUCUUUCUCUUCUCUGUCCUUCUCCCCCUCUUCCACGAGGCCAGCGUCGCAGAACUCUCCACGACGAACUUUUGGCCAUCGACGACCAUCUCGAACUAGAUGACGAGUCUACUCUUCUCAACGACGAGGACGACGAGGGCGACGAGCGGAUCCCUUUCGACCGUGACGAGCAGAGAUCAAGUACCCGUGCACACGUCGAUCUGAACACGUGUCCACGAGUCUCCAGAGAUGUACGAUUUACGAAAACUGAGGGUGGGGGUGGGGGCGAGGAAGAGGAUGAGAGUGAAGACGAGGACGAGAUUCAGAGAGGACCCGAGAUGGAGGGUGGGUUCGCGACGGAGACGGAUGCGAAGAGUGACAGUCAGGAGACCGGGACCGGGACCGAGACCGAGGACGACAACUCUUCAGGACCAGAGCCAGAACCAUUCGAGACCUUCCUCUCCCACAACGCCGCCGACCUCUCGUCAUGGCACUCUGCGCACCGACGACUCUCGUCCCUCCCGCCGGACGCCGACACACACAUGGCCCUCUCGCGCCACGCCGAGACUCUGUACACGUGGCUCAAUGUCUCUGCGCUCCCGUACAUCGAUGCGCUGGAGCGAUACGCGCACGAGAAGGCGGCCCUCGUCAACGGCGACGCUCUUCUGGACCACGACGAUGACGCCGACGGUGAAGGCAUUGAAGAACAGAAAUCAGUCGUAGAUGUGCUGUGCAGGGUGAUGGAGGCUCUCGUCACCGAGUCCCGGCAUGGCUAA